AUGGAGAAGCUCGUGGAAAGCGACAUCGACGGCAGUUCGAUGAUCUGUCUUCGAUCGGAAGUCACUCAUCGCAUGACUUCUGUGGUCGCGUCAGUCGCGGGGGAGGCAGGAGAGCUUCUUCGAGUCUCGCAAGUCCAUCUUCAACGACAAGGAUGGGGAGAGGACAAGGAGCUGUACCUCGAGGUUCCUGUUCUACAUGGGGACGAGGUGACCUGGGACGCACAGCUAGGACCAGUACAGCAAGUUUGCUUUGCGCAGCCUAUCGAUCGUGGUGAAUGCUUGCUAGCAGUACGUUAUCUGACGAAAGUCCUGCUUGUCCGUCCGAUGUAUCGUAAAGGGACUGCGAGUGGUGUUUCGGGAUCCGGAAUCUCGACGGAGCUGCUCUAUGCCAUAGACCGCGCAGGCCUCACGCACGCUGAUGUUGCGUUCAAUCCGUGGUUUGGAUUACAGAUCGCUGUCAUUGACCAGGCUGGAUAUUGGAAAGUCGUUGAAUUCAGCUCUCGCAAGUUGAACCGUAUCGCAAGAACUUGGGCAACACCUGGACCGACAAGCUCUUCCAGCAAGGAGGAAGCGCUCUAUGACGGUUGGGCUCGCAUCGCUUGGGUCAUGAACUCGGAGACAAUUUUGGUGUGCGUGCGUCGAUCGAUCAAGCUAUUUAGCAUCAACAAAAGCGAGGCUGUCUUGCAAAAGACUAUCGACUCGGAGCUACUUGGUGACACGGAUUGGAUAUUAGAUUUUCAGCAGGAUGCGAAACAUCUAGACUGCUGCUACGUGCUCACAUCGACGUACCUCAUCCUGAUUCAGUUCCGCACCAACUUGCAAGGAGAAUUGACUGGACGUGUCAAAGCAAGAGUUCGCCAUCAUCGAAAUCCAGAAGAUCUAAGCAUGAGACUGCACAUUUUUGAAGCCGAGCAGGGCGUCUGGAUCCUAAUAUCUUCCAGGCGAGCCGAAAUCGCCUUUGCUUAUCGCUUCUCAUUUGCCGAUUUCAACCAUAUUACGGUAGCAUCACCUGUCCAAUUUGACCUUCCAAUCGCUCUCUGUGAAGUGCUGGACCUGCAAAUCGAGCCCGUCAGCAAGAUCGAACCGCGGUCUACAGACGAUCACUCAGACCAAUCCGAGGAAGCACUUUACAUGUCAGCGUUUGUUCUACGAAAAGACAGGGACAUAAACUCAACGUUGCUGUCUAGCUCCAGCGACAAUCGCAAAUCUGUUGGAAAAUGCCUUUUACUGCCUACGUGGACAUCAACGCUUAGCGCCUCUGCGACCCGACUACGCGGAGACAACUUCGUCGUUGAUGACGCUGCUGACGGACCUACUCCUCUUCUCCAAUCCACUAUGCCCAUUGCUCGCCGAGCAAGACGACAGGAACAGCAAACGAUACCUAAGCAGGGUAGCAGAGAUCUUGAGUUAGUGGCGAGUGCACUGCGGCAACCAAUUCAUGUUCUACAUGCAGUCGACCAGGUCCUCGAGUCUGCCGAUGCAACCAUUGCGCAGCGUCGUGAAUCGCCUCUACAGUCACUGCAUACCCUUGCUAGUCUCGCCAAAGGUGAGAUCGGCAUUGUUGACGUGCAGCAGUCCUCCGACCUGCUCGAAGCGCUCGGCGUCGGAGUGCCUCGCGCGAUGGGACAUGUUGCGGACAUCGACGCUCAGCUUGAGUCUGAGCAACAUUGGAAGCUGGGACACGUAAGUUUGGAAUCAGUGGUCGGACUUGAGGAAGACCUUGCGGGUCGUGAUCUGCAAACGGUAUACAAUCGCUUAGUCUCGCUAUGGAUUACACCUCUGGGGGAAGAAACAUCGGGCUGGAUCAGACUCGCUAAAGUGGCAAUCGCUCGCUCGCUUGCAGCAGAAAUAACUCUCGCGAGCAGAACUCUACGACUGGAGCGUGAUCCUGGGAGAGAAGGUAUUGCAGAGACUCGCACGGAUCAAGGUUUUGAUAGUGUCGACAACAUUCCAAUACGCUCGCAACCUGCAUCGAGUCCAUGGGCGGCCAAGCAUUCAGUACCACCUACGCCAUCUCCAACGGCAACACCUUCGGUCACAACGGCGUCAAGCCACCGCUCAAGUCUAGCCGCACCAGAGCUGUACCGACUGAGCAAAUACACCACCUUCUCCAAACCAUCGCCGAUGGUCUUGCCUAGGCCACUCGCCAAAGUGUUGACUCAUUGGGAAGUGGGCGCUGAUCCAACCGAAUACAACUGGUCGAGCACUUCCAAAGACAUCGCCCGUCAAGAGGAAGAAGAGGAACAAAAUGAAGAAAUGACCGAGAAGGAGCGGCAACGUGCAAGAAGACGUGCUGAACGCCAUAUCAGACGGCAACGCAAAGAAGCUGCUGCCAGCCAGGCACACCAGCUGGCCAGCAGCCAAGCUCCUGAAAUUCUUAGCGCCAGUCAGCCCAUCGCUCCUAUUAAGGCCGAGAGCCAGCCUUCCCACAUCACUGGUAGCAGUCAGAGUCAAAAUUUCGGCGCGAGUGCAUCCAACAUAGCUAGUCAGGUAGUGCCAGGUCGCUUUGGAGGUCGGCCACCUCCAAAGAAGAAGCGCAAAUCAGGAUUUUGA